GUACCCUGUGUAUACUUCUGCAAAAGUGACGUUUACGACGUGUAAUUUUAAGAAUCAUGAUUUUUUAGAGAUUUUUUAAAGAGUUUUGAGAGAGAAAAGUUUUUGAAAAUUCAUAGAACUGUGUAAGAAAAGUGUUUAAUUUUCAUUUUACAUAAAAUGUGGGCGGAUUCUAUUUUAAUCGUAUUUAUUAGUGUGUGUACAGCCCUUUUGGGUGAAGGUUUGACAUGGCUAAUGGUGUACAGAACAGAAAAGUAUCAAAAAUUGAAGCAGGAGGUUGAAAAACAGAGCAAAAAGUUGGAGAAGAGAAAAGAAGUACAUGGCGAUACAUUGGAUAAACAACAGAAGAAGAAAAUUGAACGCGAGGAGGAGAGAUUAAAAAAUAAUAACAGAGAUUUGUCACUUGUGAAAAUGAAAUCAAUGUUCGCGAUUGGUUUUGCAUUUACUGCCCUUUUAAGUAUGUUUAAUAGCAUUUUUGAUGGACGAAUUGUCGCAAGGUUACCUUUCGUUCCAAUAAGUUGGAUUCAAGGACUCUCCCACAGAAAUCUGCCUGGGAACGAUUACACUGAAUGUUCUUUUAUAUUCUUAUACAUUCUUUGUACAAUGAGCAUAAGACAGAAUAUUCAAAAAAUGUUGGGUUUCGCACCUUCACGAACAGCGAGUAAACUCAGCGGUGGAAUUUUUGGACCUCCGCCACAACAAUUUAAAUAAUUCCAACAUUCUUUUUUAAUUCAAACUCAUUCUUGCUCAUGUACCUUGAAAAUUAUUUAAUUAGAGACAAUUAUGUAAAUAUAUUUCCACAAAGCCUGAAGACUGUUAAUUAUUGUUUAACAAAAAGGAAACCAAGGCAUUUAAUGUUCAUUUUUCUUAUAAUGAGAUAUAAAGUUCAAAAUAAUUAA